AUGAUUCUUUUGGUUGGCAGUGAAUUCUUGCAGCAGCACCAAAGUCUUCUGCCAACCAAAAUAAGAGAAACCAUUAUUCUUGUCCUUAAGGCUAUUAUGGCAAGUUUGAAUGUUUAUGUUGCUGUAGGAGUUCUAGCUAUUAUGGCAAUUAGUGGAGCAGUCAUGGCACGAGAUGUUGAUCCAAUCAAGGCAUAUGACUGUGAAAACAAAAGAAAGAUGACAUGGAAUUGUAUUAAUGAAGUUUUUGCAAGCAUAUUCAAAACUGGAACUGUCAGUGAUGAAUGUUGUCAUCAACUGGUCAAUCUUGGCCUAACAUGCCAUGAAGCAUUGGUGAAGAGAACACUUCAAAAUCCUUUGUUCAAAAAUAAUGAUAAAUUGGUGAUCUUUUCAAAGACUGCACAAAUAUGGAACAAUUGUAGUUUAGUUGGUGAUGUUUCACCUAGUCCUUCUCCUCGAGGAAUUUAG